AUGCCUAACCCAGUCAUUCGUUCUUCCGAUGCGACUGACGGAGCAGGUUUCUGGCAGGACGACCCGCCCACUCCGUCAAGCGCAAUUUUCUCGCACCACACUUCCACUUAUUCGCGUCGCAGCUCAAUUCGCCCACUUCCUGUUCCACCAGCACCCGCUCCCAACUCAACGCCAGAAAUCGAUGCAUCGCCAGGCACGGACCGAUCGAGUGUCGAAUCCAUAGCGCCCGUUGGUAUAUCUGCUGUUGCAUCUCCUCCAGACUACAGAGACCCGGACCCCACAGAGGAGAUAUCUCACAAUGGCACCCAACCCAACUCCUCCGCAUCCUCCACGAUAGAAAAAGACGAGUCUCCAUUCAAUCAACCAAUUGCAUCCUCGCCACAAAACCCAUUCUCUAGCGCAUACGAGGCACCAAAUUGGGCAUUGAUUGUCCUUCACGUUGGACUAUGCUUGAUCGCAUAUCCUGUCCUCAUGAUAUUUGUUCUGAUCGCAAAAGAUAGAACCAUCUUUUGGACGCGUUUUGCACCUGUAUCCCUGAUCAAGUACUUGAAACAGAACCAACAUACCGACUAUCGAGAAGUUGCACUUAAAGGGGACCUGUCGGCUAUUGACUUAACUCGAGCAAUUGAAUUAUUACCAGUCUUCGAGCAUCCUAUCCUUGGCUGGACCCUCUCUCACUACGAGCAUGGUCAACCCCCUCAAGCCUUUUCAUACCCUUGGGGCACGGAUAUGGUUUAUUUCGCUGAAACCACACCAUCCCAACUCCUACCAGAUGGCUCAGGCUUUGGCGUCUUUGUACACACCCCAAAGAACCACACAAACAUCGAUGUACCAGGUACUCCCACCUCAUCCAGUGGCAUUGAUGCCGGUACGACGUUACGAUAUCCCCGAUGGGGAGCCCGGAUGCAUUGUCGGAAAGUCCCAAACGCAGAGAGAAAUCUCAUUCCGAAGUCCAGCUUGAAUGUGACAUAUUUGUUUGCGCCUCGGGAGACCAUGGUGGAUCUAUUCACAUCGUUCAGCCUUCAAUUUCCAAAAAUCCUAGACAAGCCCUUGAACUUGACUACCGCCAUCAAACCUAACGAUACUCUCCCAUUCGAGAUCGAUCCCAAUCCUUUGACCCUUGGAGUUGGUUUCAAUGACAACGGGGUCUCGCACAGUUACUAUAGUUCGCCACUUUCAAUGGGAGAAGAUGGAGGAGGCUUUGUCAGUUUGGAAUUCGUUUUGGUGAGGCUGAACACGGAGUUCACACCUGAAGGCAAAUUCCCCGUCCUCGGCAACGACAUCAUUUCCAACGCAGACGGCACCGAAUCACGCAUCGGUUACGACGCUGCACUGUGCUUGGAACUAUUCGAACCGUGGAUCGUUGAGACGUACAACAGCUCCACAGGCAUAACCACUUCGACGAGGAUAAUCAACAAGGCCAGCACCACCACGGAUAGCUUGAGUGGUGAAUCGAACAUUGGUACGACGAUUUCGGGUGUUAAGCGCCAGCUCAACUCUUCUGCAUUGUGGCCUGCGUACGUUGUUGCGCAUCAAAACUCAGUGAAUAAGUUGGUGAAAGACAACUCCCGAGACGCCCCAUAUAUGCCUUCGCCAAUGGUCGUCUCUUAUUCCACUGGCGUAGGUGCCAAUGGCUUCACUGAACUUGCGGAACGCGCAUUUAUACAGACACGAUUGCAAAUGGACGCGACUAAUCUCCUGCCCUAUUUAGCGGGCACUGGCGACAUCGUGGGGCGUUCCUAUCCCGAUUCUGUGCUAUCAAAUGCUCGUAUCCUCACGGUGCCAAUGGUUGUUGUCUUGGUCCUCGUAUUGGCUUUCGGCGUGCUUGCAGGCAUUUUUGUGCCAAAGCUUCCGUUAGGAGUCCCACGCCGUGACUUCGAACUAUACUCUUGGGUUGCCGCCUUCCAUGGAGACGAAGUGACGACCGAGAUGCAGCGCGCUGGGGUCGAGCGAAACAUGGAGCUGAGAGAAAUUGAGAAGAGGUUGGGGAAUAUGAAAUUCCGCUAUGUUUUCUGA